CCUUUUCGGUCGGGCUGACCCGUGGGUCAUCGUGCAGCUACUCUCCGUAAACCUCAGUCAUAUUUCCCUAGUUCUUGCUGCUCGAGCCGAACGUGCAUAUCCGCGCUUCUUUUCUUCACCUUGAUGCGGCAAAACCUACGCAUUCCGUGGAUCACCUCGCCGGUACUGCCUCUAAUAUGUUGGCCAGAGAGGGGUCUGCGCGAGCGGAGCCUAUGUCUCGGCCUGUCUUCCCGUAUUGGAGGGCGAGUGGGCCUUCGAGCUCGUCAAUGGAGUUCGGUGCCGAGACGGGGUACGGAUUUGGCGGCAUUUGGUAGCAAAGACGAGGGGCAGGAUGAUAAGCAGGAGUGGAUUCAUUUCGUUGGUGUUGGCGGCGCCGGCUUAUCGGCACUUGCAAUGCUUGCUCUCAAACAAGGUUUUGAGGUUAGUGGCUCAGACAUUAUGUGGAGUAGCUAUAUGGAUAAUUUGCAUAAUUCUGGAGCAAGACUUUUUAUCGGACACUCCAUGUCAAAUAUUGAAAGGAACGAUGGAUUAAGUCUGCCUAAUGCAAUUGUUAUUUCAAGUGCUAUACCUGCAGAUAAUGAGGAGAUUGCACAUGCUAUGUCAGUUGGAGUUCCAAUAUAUAAGCGGGAUCAUUGGUUGAGAAGAAUUACAGAGAAAUACAAUCUUAUUGCUAUUAGCGGAACCCAUGGAAAAAGCACCACUGCAGCAAUGCUUUCAUAUGUCAUGCAUGCCAUGGGGGACAAUCUUGUUGCAGUUAUAGGAGCAAAUGUGCCACAAGUAAGCUGUGUCAACCAAAAGUGUUUUGAUGGAUUAAUAGAAUUUUCAGGAAGUAUUAUUCCAGGGAAAGGUCCAAACUUUGUGCUAGAGGCUGAUGAGUACGAUAACUGUUUUCUUGGACUAUCACCUGAUAUUGCUGUGGUGACUAAUGUAGAAUUGGACCAUGUUGACAUCUUCCAGGAUGAGGAGGCUGUGUUAAAGUCAUUCAAGAAAUUUGUUAAGCAAGUCAAGGCUGGUGGACACCUCAUAUUCUGUGGGGAUAGUGGACUGCACAGUGCAUACUAUCAAUACCACCUUCAGAAGCUAAGGAGUGCAGGUGCUUGUGCAUUGCUUAUUGAGCAGAGGCAGGAAGCUGUUGCAAGCAAUUGUACAUCAGCAAUUUCGGCAAUGUCUAGGCAUGGAUGCACUGUAACAACUUAUGGACUUUCUACAGAUAAUGAUUGGUCUGCAUCCUCUAUUACUCCAAAUUUACUUGGUGGGCAAGAUUAUAUGUUGUGUUACAAGAAAUGCAAAAUUGCAAGGAUCAGCCUACUACUACCAGGGGUUUAUAAUGUUCUGAAUUCUUUAGCGGUUAUUGCUACUAUGGUAACGUUGGUCAAUGGUAAAAAUUCCAUCCAUGAAGCAAUCUGCUUUGUGAGAAACCACUUGAGUAAAUUCAAAGGUGUUUCUCGACGAUUUGAGUUGAUUGGUAAGAUAAAUGGAUGCCAUAUAUAUGAUGAUUAUGCUCAUCAUCCAACGGAAGUUCGUGCUGUCCUCCAAGCGGCUCGGGAAAAAUUCCUAAAGCAAGCAAUAUGGGUUGUUUUUCAACCACACACAUUCAGCCGUCUGUCUGCUUUCAUGGACGAUUAUUCAACAGCCUUCAAAGAUGCUGAUCAUGUUGUCAUAACUAAGGUUUACGGUGCUAGAGAAAGAAAUAUUUGGAAUACCGACGGAGAGGCCCUGGCAAAUGUGAUAGGAGGUAGAUCAACUGAAUACAUACAUGAACUGUGCUUUGUCGAGAAUAGCUCAACAAAUGGGUUGAUGCUUUGGAAUUAGGCUGCAUAGCAAGGAUUUAAGUUCCAGCAGUGAGGGAAGUCUACUAGUAAGUUACAUGCUAGGUUAUCAAAAGAUAGAUCUUGUCCUCGGUCAAAUGGUUUGCAACAGUUCAACAUGGGUUUGUGGGGGACUGUGGUGUCUAAUGAACAAGCAAAUCUUGUGUUUUUAUUUCUCGUCAAAAUGAUACAUGGUGCUAUGGUCUGGCAUGUGUUGUGGCUUGAAACACUACGGAUUAGAAAGUGCUAUUUAUGAAGCACUAUCAAAAUAAUACUUUUGCAAUAAUUUUUUAAGCACAUAAUAGUUUGGAAGUUAUCCAAUUAGAGAAUGUUUAACUUGAGACAGGAUACACUUACCACUUAUCUAAAAGUACAUUUGCUCCCUUAAAGGGCAUAGUAGGUACUAGCAUGCUCCUGCAGCAGAGACAAAGCCACAUUUAAGGCCAGCAGCUCUUGUCAGGCGCAUGUCAACAUAUAGCAACUUCAUAAUCCUUGCCCAACAAAAGAAACAGGGAGGACAAUUUGGUUGGUAGGAGUACAUGUCGACAAUUACCUGGAGGAGAGAAACAUUUGGUUGGUACGAGCAUGGUAGUCAAGGGAGGAUAGUAUAAUUGUCAAUCACAUACUAUAACACUUAUGGCAUAAGGAUACUCCAAGAUCUUUAUCACUUGGAGGUAAAUAAGGGCUCUCUUGGCUCCCAAAGGUCAAAUGACUAUCGGCCUAGUUUGCCAGCUAAAACAGUUAGAUUCCUACUUGGUAGUUAGUUACUCAAAAGGCUUUGUUAGAUGCGACUAAAUGGACUAACACAAUUAAGAAAUCAUUAAAAAUUAUAAAAAGAAGUAAAUCAUGCAUGUGAAUAUGACUCGCAUCAAUCUGGCUUGUGUUCAUAAGUUGCAUCCAUGGAGCAACUAGCUGAUCCAGUCUAAGCCCUUCUGCAUCAAGUUGAAAUAAGAUCUAUAUGUUCAAUUUAUUGCAUUGAUAAAGCAGCAGAGGAGAGCUAAUAUAGUCAAGCAAACUAAAGUCGCAAGCCACCUGAUACUAUGUUGGUUAAGUCAAACACCUUAAUCGUGGUGCAUGAUUUUGAGUCUUUUUCUUUAAUAUGUUCAAUCAGAUAAUUAUACAUGUCUCUGUUGUCACUUAUCAGAAAAGAAGUUAUCAUCAGUCGCAUAUUCUGCAAAUGAUUCGCAGAAUAUAAUAUGAAGAAACGGUGAGGUAAAAAGAAUCAUUCCUAACUAUUAAGCAGCCUAACGGUCUACACAGUGACAAUAACAACUUAAGUUGUAAGCUAACCAUUCAUCUUUUCAAUAAAAUAGUAGAUGAGCAUUUAAGAUGAAGCUAAUACUGGUAUACUGAAAAAGUAUCUUGGAUGCAAUGUGUUUUUGUAUUGAGUUUUCCGAUCGAAUCUUCAUAUCAUAGCAACUGAGCUUCCAAAAAUUAUCAGAAACCCUUGUGUUUUAAUGUUUCAUGUGCUUCACUUAGGAUGAUGUGGUCGAAAAAUUAGCCCUUGCAAUAUCAUCAUAUGAAGAUCGAGAAAUAAUUGUCUUUACACUG